GAGAAAAAUGGCGCGUACUAAGCAGACUGCUCGUAAAUCGACGGGAGGCAAGGCUCCUCGCAAACAGUUGGCAACUAAGGCAGCACGUAAAAGUGCUCCAGCAACCGGUGGUGUGAAGAAACCUCAUCGCUAUCGUCCCGGUACAGUUGCACUGCGUGAAAUUCGUCGCUACCAGAAGAGCACAGAGUUGCUUAUCCGCAAGCUGCCGUUCCAGCGUUUAGUACGCGAAAUUGCUCAGGACUUCAAGACCGAUUUACGUUUCCAGAGUUCGGCUGUGAUGGCUCUGCAAGAAGCUAGCGAAGCCUACCUGGUUGGCCUAUUUGAAGACACGAACUUGUGUGCUAUCCAUGCUAAGCGUGUCACCAUCAUGCCCAAAGAUAUCCAACUGGCCAGACGCAUUCGUGGCGAACGUGGAAAAGUAAAGGGAAAGGCAAAGUCGCGUUCCAACCGCGCUGGACUCCAGUUUCCCGUGGGUCGUAUUCACCGUCUUCUUCGCAAGGGCAACUACGCCGAGCGUGUUGGUGCCGGUGCUCCUGUGUACUUAGCUGCCGUUAUGGAAUACUUGGCCGCUGAAGUCUUGGAGUUGGCUGGCAAUGCUGCUCGUGAUAAUAAGAAAACUAGGAUUAUCCCUCGCCAUCUGCAAUUGGCCAUCCGCAACGAUGAAGAAAAGAGAAAAAUGGCGCGUACUAAGCAGACUGCUCGUAAAUCGACGGGAGGCAAGGCUCCUCGCAAACAGUUGGCAACUAAGGCAGCACGUAAAAGUGCUCCAGCAACCGGUGGUGUGAAGAAACCUCAUCGCUAUCGUCCCGGUACAGUUGCACUGCGUGAAAUUCGUCGCUACCAGAAGAGCACAGAGUUGCUUAUCCGCAAGCUGCCGUUCCAGCGUUUAGUACGCGAAAUUGCUCAGGACUUCAAGACCGAUUUACGUUUCCAGAGUUCGGCUGUGAUGGCUCUGCAAGAAGCUAGCGAAGCCUACCUGGUUGGCCUAUUUGAAGACACGAACUUGUGUGCUAUCCAUGCUAAGCGUGUCACCAUCAUGCCCAAAGAUAUCCAACUGGCCAGACGCAUUCGUGGCGAACGUGCUUAAAUUGUAAAUUGUAAAGCAUCAAUUGUAACCAAAUCGGUCCUUUUCA